AUGGUAGUUUUUGAAAUUGGCCCACUCGGUUGCUUGCCAUACAUAAUAAACCAGAGAAAACCAAGAACCAGAUGCGAUGAGGAUGCUAACAAGUUGGCCUCAAUUUUCAAUGAAAAUCUUAAAGUUAAGCUCAAAGAGUUGGGCGAGAAGCUAGACGGUUCAAUUUUCGUGACAGCGAGAAUGUUCAAUCUCAUUAAGAGCAUGGUUGAAAAAUCCGGUGAUUACGGGUUGAGAGAAACUAAAUUUCCAUGUUGUGCAACUCAAGAAAACGGAACAGGGCUAUGCGAACCAACUAAGAUACAUUUACUUUCUCCUAAGGAGAUGGCGGAAAAUCGACCCGAAGAUCGAUUUGAAGGAUAUAAAAGGGACUAUCUUUGCAUAGAGAGCCCUCCUCCUCCUCCGGCAUUGACUGUGCAACCAGAGAGCUCGACUGGGAAACCUACCGGAGAUCUAUGCGAGGACAGACGAUCAUUUCUCUAUUGGGAUGAACUUCACUUGACCAAAGCAGCUAAUGGAAUAAUAGUAGAUAAAUGUGUUAAUGCUAAUUCGGAUGGCAUUUGUGCGCCAUAUAGCAUCAAUCAACUAGUGAAUCAGAGGUGA